UAUACACUUAUAACUGUUAUAAUUGUAAUGCAUUUUAUUCGUAAAAUCGGAUGGAAUUAAGUCUAAAGAUUAUACGGAUAUACAUGCAUUUGCAAGAAGAAAGAAGUUUAUGAUUUACUCCGGUUCUGUAGGCCUAUAGUUUAGAAUGAACCGGCUUGUCAGAUUUCGACGCGGAGAUUCUUACGAGGAUCUCCAUGGAGAUGAUAACGCAGAUAAAGUUGAAAUGGACAUCACAGACAUGUAUCGUGAAAUGAAUAAAGACGUACCGCCAGAUGAAAGUAGUAGACCAGAUCUACCAGUUGAAACAGUCGCAACAAAAACUUUUACAAUCCAGGAAGCCAUUGACACCAUUGGGUUCGGAAAGUUUCAAGUGAAAUUGUCAGUUUUGACUGGAUUUGCAUGGAUGGCCGAUGCUAUGGAGAUGAUGAUAUUGUCGAUAUUAUCGCCAGCGUUACAUUGUGAAUGGCAGUUGAAGGGUAUACAGGAAGCGUCAAUAACAACGGUUGUAUUCUGUGGUAUGAUGUUGUCAUCUAGUUUAUGGGGCAGUAUUUGUGAUAAGUAUGGAAGAAAAAAGGAAUUAAUUCUGUGUUCCGUUUUUACGUGUUAUUUUGGAAUUCUCAGCGCUUUCUCUCCCAACUUUUAUUGGAUGUUGAUACUCAGGGGUUUAGUUGGUUUUGGUAUCGGUGGUGCACCACAAUCUGUAACGUUAUAUUCUGAAUUUUUACCUUCAAAAUCCCGAGCUCGAUGUGUAGUUUUAGUAGAGAUAUUCUGGGCAUUAGGAGCGUGUUUUGAGGUUUUAUUAGCAUUAGUUGUGAUGCCACGAUAUGGUUGGAGUACUUUAUUAGGUCUCUCCGCACUACCUCUGUUGUUCUUCUCGAUGAGUUGUGCUUGGUUACCAGAAAGUGCACGGUACGAUGUAACAAGAGGAGAUUAUGAUAAAGCUGUCGCUACCUUAGAACGAGUAGCAAGAGAGAAUGGAAAGCCAAUGCCUGCUGGGAAACUGGUUGAACCAGUCACAGAGAAUAUAAAAAGAGGACAGUAUAAAGAUUUAUUUAUACCAGAAAUACGAGUAACAACAGUCUUAUUAUGGAUUAUAUGGUUAGUUUGUGCGUUUUCUUAUUAUGGCAUAGUUCUACUUACAACAGCAUUGUUUGAAAAUCCAGAUGGUUGCCAUGGUACCGACGUAAAGAGAAAUCCUGAACCUAAAUGUUUUCUAGAAUGUAAAACUUUAACUACUGAUGAUUAUAGAGAUUUAACAUGGACAACAUUUGCUGAAUUUCCAGGUCUUUUUGUAACAGUUUUUAUUAUAGAUAUAUUAGGGAGAAAAAAGACGAUGGCUUUCCAAUUCUUUGUUUUUACUGUGUUCGUUCUACUUGUUAAUAUCUGCACUAAAAGAGUAUGGUUAACGCUGUUCCUGUUUGUAGCUAGAGCGUUUAUUUCUGGUGCUUUUCAAGCGGCAUACGUCUAUACACCUGAGAUUUAUCCUACAUCAAUGAGAGCUUUAGGUCUGGGUGCUUGUAGUGGUAUGGCAAGAAUAGGGGCUAUAGCUACACCUUUUGUAGCACAGGUUUUAUUGAAGACGUCACCGUAUUUAUCUAUAUCUAUAUAUGGUACUAUGUGUUUAAUAGCCACAGUAGCUUCGUUAUUGUUACCAAUAGAAACAAAGGGCAGGGAAAUGGAGGAUACAAGUCAACAGGCGGUGAAGAAAGAAUCAAAAGAUAAAUCAUAAACCAGGAAUCUAUAACAUUUUAUUAUUAAAUUAAUCUGAAUAUCGUAAAAUAUAGAUUCCCACGAAAAUAUUAAUUACGCUAAUUGAAUCAAGUUGAAUAUAUAAACCAGGAAUCUUUAACUUUUUACUAUUGAUAGAUUAUUUAAAGAUUCUUUACCUUUUUAUUAUUGAACUAAGUUGAAUAUCUUAAAGAUAGAUUCCCAUGAUAAUAUUUAUUCCAUUUAUUGAAUCAAGUUGAAUAUAUAAAGAAAGUUUAAGGUAUAUUCGAACUUAGUUUGACAAAAUUAAACGAAUCAGGUAAAAGAAAAACCAUGUAAUAGAAAGAUUCAGAUCUUAAACCAUCUAACUUGUUUAUUAUUUUAUCGAAUCAAGUUGAUUAAUUUACGUAUUUAAACCCUAGCGUAAAACCUUUAUUCUUCAUCUACAUUUCAAAUCUAUUUUACAUCUUAUAACCAAAUUCACAAUUUUUCAACAUGAAAUGAAUGCAUUAGGAUUUUGUGGUCCAUUUUUUAGUUGGUAUAUUUUAUUAAGUAUAAUUAUUAAAAAUGGGGCUAGAUCCGUUAAACUUUUGUCUACUUAGCCUUAGAUUUAAAACAGGGGCUAGAACCUUUAAACUUUUGUCUACUUAGCCUUAGAUUUAAAACUAAUUUUAACACUUUAGCACUUGGAUGUCCGUAUAACUAGGGCUGCUUAGAUAUCGCCCUACACAGCCCAGCUUCAUGUGGAGAUCUGUGACACCUCUAAGAUGUAUUAUACGAUCCUACAAUUAAACCACUGGAAACUAGGGCUGUUUAUCGCCCUACACAGCCCAGCUUCAUGUGGAGAUCUGUGACACCUCUAAGAUGUAUUAUACGAUCGUACAAUUAAACCACUGGAAACUAGGGCUGUUUAUCGCCCUACACAGCCCAGCUUCAUGUGGAGAUCUGUGACACCUCUAAGAUGUAUUAUACGGUCCUACAAUUAAACCACUGGAAACUAGGGCUGUUUAUCGCCCUACACAGCCCAGCUUCAUGUGGAGAUCUGUGACACCUCUAAGAUGUAUUAUACGAUCCUACAAUUAAACCACUGGAAACUAGGGCUGUUUAUCGCCCUACACAGCCCAGCUUCAUGUGGAGAUCUGUGACACCUCUAAGAUGUAUUAUACGGUCCUACAAUUAAACCACUGGAAACUAGGGCUGUUUAUCGCCCUACACAGCCCAGCUUCAUGUGAAGGUCUGUGACACUUCUAAAAUGUAUUAUACGGUCCUACAAUUAAACCACUGGAAACUAGGGCUGCUUAGAUCGCCCUACACAUGUGAAUAUUGGUGGCGCCUCCAACAACUAUCUUGAGGCAGUAUAAGGAACAGUGGUUUCAGGGUGUCCAGGGAUGGAUAUAAAGAUAUGAAAUAUAUCGGUGGUUUCAGGGUGUCCACGGAUAUAAAGAUAUGAUAUAUAUCAGUGGUUUCAGGGUGUUCGGGGAUAUGAAAUAUAUCAGUAGUUUCAGGGUGUACGGAGAUAUAAAGGAAUGAAAUGUAUCGGUGUUCCCUAGUUUUCAUCAAGAAAUCAGGGCAGUCAGUGCUAAAGGGUCAAUAAUAUUACUUGUGAUAUAUUUUUGGAAUUCUCCUUUCGUGGUAUCUAUUCACAGUGGAAAUAGAUUUCCAUCAAUUACAGUCUCUAGAAAUCAUGGAUUACAUUAAAACAAAAAUAUUGUUUACAAAUUUUAUCUUAAAACAGAAAGUGAUGGAAAUGUAUUAAGUAAUAUUUAAGUUGUACAAAAUAAAAUUUAAGUACGGGUACUUAUUAUCUUGAGUAAAAGUUGAUUAGAAAAUUGAUUAAAGAAGGUAGUGAGAUCUGACACAUUUCAUCCUUACAGCUCUCUUCACACAAAUCAAAAUAUCUUGUUUGUCUACUACACUCUGAUCCAUCUGAUGUAACAACCCUAGGCCCUAUUAAUGGGGGGGGGGGUUGGAUGGCUGAAUGGUUAGCGUGCGCACGCUGUAUCAUAAAGCCUGUCAUUGAGUCGACUGGCGUGGUUUCGAAUCCCCGGUUGUACGUGACAAGGAGUAGGGUCGCCUGUCCAACCUCGUGGGUUUUCUCCGGGUCCUCCGGUUUCCUCCCACUGCUAAAGACCCCUAUGCGCAAGCGAAUUAUUGAAAUAAAAUUAAACCAUAUGUUAGUCCCGAAAUGACCUAGUUGUGUCGAGUGGACGUUAAACCCCAUUUCUCUCUCUCUCUCUCCUAUUAAUGGGCAGGAUGUUUUGGUUUGAGUGCGUGUACAGGGCCGGUGCAGUGUAACCUUCGUGUUCUAUUGUAAUCUCAAUUUUUACAAUUUAUUUUUUUUAUCUAACCCUUUGUACCUGGAUGAUCUAGGACAGUAUUAUACAAAGUACAAGUAAGACAUGUGGUUAAUUCUACUUUCACUUUCUAUCAUGGAGACGUGUUCACAUGUGCGGUUAAUUCUACUUUCACUUUCUAUCAUGGAGACGUUUUCACAUGUGCGGUUAAUUCUACUUUCACUUUCUAUCAUGGAGACGUGUUCACAUGUGCGGUUAAUUCUACUUUCACUUUCUAUCAUGGAGACGUGUUCAGUAAUCCGCUCUCCCUAACCCUUCAGCAACCUGAAGAUCCAAGUUGUCAUUGUACAAAGUGCUAGGAUGGCUUGAGCAUGUGUGGUUAAGUCUACUUUUAUUUUGUACUAUGGCGGCCUAUUCCCUUGAAUAUAGGGACAAACAAGAUCCCAUGACACAAUUCAUGGAUAUUUAUUUUAAGUGAUAGUUCGUUAUGGUUUAACGGUUAUUAAGCAUAUUGCCCAAAUAGACUCUUAGAGAAAUUUCUAAUAACAAGAUUACUGAUUGGUCAAUAUAAAGGUGCCCAAACAGACUUAGAAAAUUCUAGUAACAAGAUUGCUGAUUGGUCAAUAAAGGUGCUCAUAAAAUUAAUGCAUAUUUCAGGCACUAGAGUUUGAAGGGAUUAAGGAAAUAUUUAUAUGUUAGUUAUAGUAAUUGCGUAAUUUCUAUAACAAUUUCAUAGCUUCGUGUAUUUAUAAUUUCUAUAACCAGUUUGAUAGCUUGGUGUAUUUAUAAUAACUUUGUAAAGCCACAUAAUGUUUUGUAUAAUUUUUAAAUAUUAUUUUAUUUCUUGGAAUAUAUUACUUUGAUGUUAUAUCAAAUAAUAUGUGUUCAGUGACUUUCCGUUCUCGAGUCAUCAAAUUUGUUAAACAUCGUUUCGGUUAUGCUGCAGGUGAUACGAAGCUUCGGUAUGGGUGUAUUUCCAAGCUUUGGGUGGCUAUUGUUUUUAUCUUAAUAUGUAAAUGUCUUAAUCAAAUAUGAUGUGUUCACUUUGAUAUCAAACAAUGUUUAUGUUUUGUAUAGUAUAGUCACUUUAGUUUAAGCGAGCACAUAACAGAACAAUAUUUUGUUUAUUUGAAUUAACGGAACAAAAUUUGUUUUUAAAAAAAUUUUGAGUACAUGGAACAAUAUUUUGAGUAAACUGAACAAUAUUUUGAGUACAUGGAACAAUAUUUUGAGUACAUGGAACAAUAUUUAGAGUACAGGGAACAAUAUUUUGUUCAUUUUGAGUACAGGGAACAAUAUUUUGUUUAUUUUGAGUACACAGAACAAUAUUUUGUUUAUUUUGAGUAGAGAGAACAAUAUUUUGAGUAGAGGGAACAAUAUUUUGAGUAGAGGGAACAAUAUUUAAUAUCAGGUUAGCAACACAACAUUCUAUACAUGUUUGAUUAUGGGAACAAAUCUCUGGUUUUAUUAUACUUAUGUCAAACCAUUAACAACCCAACCCUAACCCUAACCCUAGCAGGUCAGAAACAUGUCUUAUGUCAAACCAUUAACGUCACACAGGUCAGAAACAUGUCUUACAGGCUGUGUUUCUAAAAAGAACAUUGCUUUUUUGUUCAUUGAAAAUGGUGUAAAUAGUUAUAAAUGUUAGUUUCUAUCCAGAACACGCAUUCCUAGUUCAGGGGAAAACGUGUCUUGUACAUGUUGUACUUAACA